AUGGAUUUAUUACGUAUUCCUCACCUGCGUCAGACUGCUAAUUCCAAGCAGUUGAUCGUUGAUGGCGAACCCUUCCUCAUGCUCGCUGGAGAGCUCCAAAAUUCUUCAUUCAGCUCGCCAGAAUAUAUGAAGGAUGUCUGGUCCAAACUCAUCACGAUGAACAUGAACACGGUAUUAGGAUCUGUCUCUUGGGAGCAAAUUGAGCCAACCGAAGGUGCCUUUGACUUUACAUCGCUAGACCAAGUUUUGCUCGACGCGAGGUUACAUAAUCUUCGUGUUGUGCUUUUAUGGUUUGGGAGUUUCAAAAAUGGUCUUUCGACUUAUGCACCGCCUUGGGUCAAACGAGAUCCCAGGCGUUUCCCAAGAGUGAAGCUGCGGGAUAAGGAUGGCAGCCGUACUACUGCUGAUAUCCUGACGCUGUUUGGAACAGAAGCACAGAAAGCCGACGCCAAAGCGUUCAAGACACUCAUGCAGCAUCUCAGAGACAUAGAUGGUGAACAUGCGACUGUAAUCAUGGUCCAGGUCGAGAACGAGGUUGGCGUCCUCGGCGAUUCCAGAGACCGUAGCGAUCUCGCAGAAGAACGCUUCGCUUCACCACUGCCAGUCGAACUUCAUGACUUCCUAGCAAAGGACUGGUCCGGCUUUACGGAUGCUUUCCAGCAUAAUCUCGGAGAACUUCGUCAAUGUUCUCUCACAAGAGGGUUGACAUGGGGCGACCUACCCGGCAACAGCAAGCGCAUCGACGAACUGUUCAUGGCCUUCCAUUAUGCGGUGUAUCUGGAAGAAGUGGCCUCAGCAGGAAAAUCAGUGUACCCUCUUCCUUUGUAUACCAAUGUUUGGCAGAACUACGCGGGUAGCGAUGCCGACGCCAAUACGCCAGCUAUUGUAGGGGGCGGCUCAGAUCCGGGUGACUAUCCAUCCGGUGGAGGAGUUGUAGAUGUCCUGGAUGUAUGGCAGGCAUUUGCUCCUUCGCUCGACUUCAUUGCUCCGGAUAUCUACCUCAACAAUUACUCGAGGUUGUGCAAGGAGUAUCGUCAUAAUAACCAACCCCUCUUCAUCCCCGAGCAACGUCGUGAUGAGUAUGGUGCUCUGAGGAUAUGGGCCGCUAUCGGUUCGUACGGAUGUUUGGGCUGUUCGCCGUUUGGCAUUGAUACCGUGGAUCCAGCGCAGAGUCCCUUCAGAAAGCACUAUGGUUUGUUGGCAAAGACUUCUCACCUUGUGCUUUCGGCUCAAGCCAAGGGGAAUGCCAGCAUUGGUUUUUUCUUCGACGAAUUAUCACCAGAUGGCAAGGAUCAAACGCCGAAAGUACAAGCCACAUUUGGCGACUGGAAUCUUCAGAUAGAAAGAUCGUUUGUGUUCGGACGUCCAUCAGUCGGCUCAGGGAUGGUGAUUCACCUCGAGAACGACCAGUUUCUUCUUUUGGGCUGGGGCUUCCAGGUGAACUUUAAGCACAACAGCUCAGAUGCUCAUUUCAGCGGGAUACUCAAAUUUGAAGAGAUUGAUGUCGAUGGCGGGAGCAAGGAACUCAGAACCGUUCGUUUGCUGAAUGGGGAUGAGACGCGAAGUGGGCUGUUCGCCAUCAUGCCGAGCGACGAUCCUGAUUAUGGAGGCUUUCCUAUCAGUGUCACCAUUCCCGCCCGUACUGGUAUUGCUGUAUGUCAGCCUUAUGCACUUUUUGACGAAUAG